GAAGCACAAAAAUAACGAACCAGGACCAGAAAGAAAAUGUUGAACAGCACGAUGAUGCUGACGCAAACAGGGAACAAGUUUUCUCAGGAGGGCCUACGACUAAGCAAAACAACAACAUCAACAUCUUCAGGGAGGACAAGGAUGGGAAUGGAGAGGAAAAAAUGCUGCUCAAUGACGCUGGUCAUGGUCUAGCUGAC